AUGACCAGGACGGGUCCAAGAAGAACCAAGAUCGAGAAGAUAGAGCAUCUUAGUAGCAGGCAAGUCACCUUCUCCAAACGCCGAAAAGGCUUGUUCAACAAGGCAGGAGAUUUUUCAGUUCGAUGUGGUGCAGAGAUUGCAGUCAUAGUUUUCUCGAAUACGAAAAAGCUGUACGAGUUCUCAAGCACCAGCAUGGAGCACAUUCUUUCAAGGUACAUAAAAUCGAAGGAACGUGCAAUAAGGCAGCAUGAAGCUCCUAGUUCAACGUCGGAUAAUUCGAGUGCAAUAAGGCUACUGCAGGAAGAGAUUAUAGCCCUAAACUUGGACUGCUCGAGGUUGACGGGUAUGGAGUUGGAUGGCAUGAGUUUGAGAGAGUUGAAUGAGUUAGAGAAAGAAAUAAGGGAAGGGAUCGAAUCAGUUGGGAAAAGGAAGAUCGACGUGCAAAACUACUACCAGCCUGUAUAUAUGACUGAAGAUUCAAACCCUUCGGAUGUGAAUAAUAUCCUCCUCUUUUCUGGUUCAAGCUCAAGUGGCGUUUCAGAUUGUACUGAAUCAGAGCAAAGUAAACAGUUUGUUGAUACUUCCUUGCACUUGUGA